GGUCUCCUGACAAUCCUCUACUACGGUCACCCCGGAGUCCUGGUGCCCCGGCUUGCUGUCGGGGUACACAGCACCGGGAGAGACUGCCCCGGGUAGCCGCUGGCGGAGGCAGAGGCGCGGGGACUCCUGCGCCCCAGCGAGGCCCCACCCGCUCCAGCCCGGAGCUCCUUGUUUUCCCUGGAUCCCGGCCGCCCGGAAGCGAGCGUGACUCCUCCCCCUCGUCCUCUGGUCCCCACCAGGCGGCGCGGUACUCUCUGUUCGGAUAUCCGCGCCGCCGCUAUCCCUGGGCACCGUGGGGAUGUUGAGAUAGUCCAGGGAUUGUAGUUGAGAUGAACUGUCAGAGAGCACUACCGCUUAGAAUAGUUGACUGUGGCUUGAUAGCAUUAGGAUCUCUGGCUGUCCGUACACAGAGUCCUGUCUUCACCCCAAAGAUCCUGAAGCACAUGCAGAAGGUCUCCGUGCUGCUUUUCUUAACAUGGGUCUGUUUUCUUUUCUACGCUGGCAUUGCCCUCUUCACCACUGGCUUCCUUCUCACCCGUUUGGAGCUCACCAACCAAAGCAGCUGCCAAGAGCCCCCUGGCCCAGGUUCCCUGCCACAGGGAAGCCAUGGAAAGUCUGGAGCCUGCUGGAUGCCUUCCCAGUUCUCUCGGGUUGUGUUGGUGCUGAUAGAUGCUCUGCGAUUUGACUUUGCCCAACCCCAGCACUCACAUGUGCCCGGGGAGCCUCCUGUCUCCUUGCCUUUUCUGGGAAAAUUAGGCUCCCUGCAGAGGAUCCUGGAGAGUCAGCCCCACCAUGCACGGCUAUACCGAUCUCUGGUGGAUCCUCCUACCACCACCAUGCAGCGACUCAAGGCUCUCACCACAGGCUCACUGCCUACCUUUAUUGAUGCUGGCAGUAACUUCGCCAGCCAUGCCAUAGUGGAAGAUAAUCUCAUUAAGCAGCUCACCAGUGCAGGAAAACGUAUAGUCUUCAUGGGAGAUGAUACCUGGAAAGAGCUUUUCCCUGGAGCUUUUUCCCAGGCUUUCUUCUUCUCAUCCUUCAAUGUCAGAGACUUACAUACAGUGGACAAUGGCAUCCUGGAACACCUCUAUCCUACCAUGGACAAUGGUGAAUGGGACGUGCUGAUUGCUCACUUCCUGGGUGUGGAUCAUUGUGGCCACAAACAUGGCCCUCACCACCCUGAAAUGGCCAAGAAACUUAGCCAGAUGGACCAGGUGAUCCAGGGACUUGUGGACCGUCUGGAGAAUGAUACACUGCUGGUGGUAGCUGGUGAUCAUGGAAUGACCAUGAAUGGCGACCACGGUGGGGACAGUGAGCUGGAGGUCUCAGCUGCACUCUUCCUGUACAGUCCCACAGCCUUCCCCGGUGCCCCACCAGAGGAGCCAGAGGUUAUUCCUCAAGUCAGUCUUGUACCCACCCUAGCACUGCUGCUAGGCCUGCCCAUCCCAUUUGGGAACAUCGGGGAAGUGAUGGCUGGGCUAUUCUCAGGUGGCAGUGACUCUGAGCCCUACUCCUCUGCUCUAGCCCAAGCCUCAGCUCUUCACAUCAAUGCCCAGCAGGUGUCCCGAUUUCUUCACACCUACUCAGCUGCCACUCAAGAUCUCCAAGUUAAAGAGCUUCGUAGGCUGCAGAACCUUUUCUCCAAGGCAUCUGCUGGCUACCAGCAGGCUCUGCAGAACCCCCAAGGGACUGAGGAGACACUGAGGACUGUGGUUGCUGAGCUGCAGCAGUUCCUGAGGGGAGCUCGGGCCAUAUGCAUCGAAUCAUGGGCCCGUUUCUCUCUGGUCCGCAUGGCAGGGGGUGCUGCUCUCUUGGCAGCAGCCUGCUUUCUCUGUCUCUUUGCAUCCCAGUGGGCAGUAUCCCCAGGCUUCUUCUUCCGCCCACUAUUACUGAUACCUGUAGCCUGGGGCCUCACCUGGGCCAUAUUAUAUGCUGGACUCUCAGCAACUACUGGGUCGAAACUAGACUCAGUAAUUCUAGGGGCUGUAGCUGCAACAGGUUCACUCCUCCCUUUUCUGUGGAAGAUUUGGGCUGGCUGGGGGUCCAGGAGGCCCCUGGCAACCCUGCUUCCUAUCCCUGGACCUGUCCUAUUAUUCCUGCUCAUUCGCUUGGCCACCUUCUUCUCUGAUAGCUUUGUUGUUGCUGAGGCCAGGUCCACCCCCUUCCUUUUGGGCUCUCUAAUCCUAUUCCUGGUUGCCCAGCUUCACUGGGAGGGCCAGCUACUGCCACCUAAGCUGCUCACAGUAUCCCGUCUCAGCUCUUCUGCCCCAACAUGUCCCCCACGGCACAGUGGUGCAUAUGCUCUGAGGCUUGGAAUUGGGUUGCUUUUAUGUACAAGGCUAGCUGGGCUUUUUCAUCGCUGCCCUGAAGAGACACCUGCCUGCCACUCCUCUCCCUGGCUGAGUCCUCUGGCAUCCAUGGUUGGCGGCCAAGCCAAGAAUUUGUGGUAUGGCACUUGUGUGGGGUCACUGGUGGCCCUGUUAGGUGCUGUGCGCCUAUGGCUUCACCACUAUUCUAAUCUCAAGAGUCCUGAGCCCCCUGUGCUCUUUGUGCGCUGGGGGUUGCCUCUCAUGGUACUAGGCACUGCUGCCUACUGGGCAUUGGCAUCGGGAGCAGAUGAAGCACCCCCACGUCUCCAGGCCCUGGUUGCUGGGGCAUCAGUUGUGCUACCUCGGGCUGUGGCAGGACUGGCUGCCUCAGGGCUCAUACUGCUGCUCUGGAGGCCUGUGACAGUACUGGUGAAGGCUGGGGCUGGUGCUUCAAGGACCAGGACUAUCCUCACUCCCUUCUCAGGCCCCCCUAUGUCUCAGGCUGACCUAGAUUAUGUGGUCCCUCAAAUCUACCGACACAUGCAGGAAGAGUUCCAGGGCCGGUUAGAGAGGAUCAAAUCUCAGGGUCCUGUAACUGUGGCUGCAUAUCAGCUGGGGAGUGUCUACUCAGCCACUAUGGUCACAGCCCUCAUCCUGUUGGCCUUUCCACUUCUGCUGCUGCAUGUAGAGCGCAUCAGCCUUGUGUUCCUGCUUCUGUUUCUGCAGAGCUUCCUUCUCCUGCAUCUGCUUGCUGCUGGGAUACCAGUUACCAUCCCUGGUCCUUUUACUGUGCCAUGGCAGGCAGUUUCAGCUUGGGCCCUUUUGGCCACCCAGACCUUCUACUCCACAGGCCACCAGCCUGUCUUUCCAGCCAUCCACUGGCAUGCAGCCUUCGUGGGAUUCCCAGAAGGUCAUGGCUCUUCUACUUGGGUGCCUGCUGUGUUAGUGGGAGCUAACACCUUUGCCUCUCACCUCCUCUUUGCAGUAGGUUGCCCACUGCUCCUGCUCUGGCCCUUCCUGUGUGAGAGUCAAGGGCGGAGGAAGAGGCGGCAGCUACCAGGGGGUGAAGCUGAGACCAGAGUCAGGCCCGAGGAAGAAGAAGAAGAGGAGCCAUUGAUGGAGAUGCGGCUCCGGGAUGCUCCUCACCACUUCAAUGCAGCGCUGCUACAGCUAGGCCUCAAGUACCUCUUUGUCUUAGGUGUUCAGAUUCUGGCCUGUGCCUUGGCAGCUUCAAUUCUCCGCAGGCAUCUCAUGGUCUGGAAGGUGUUUGCCCCCAAAUUCAUUUUUGAAGCCAUAGGUUUCAUUGUGAGCAGCGUGGGACUUCUACUGGGCAUAGCUUUGGUGAUGAGAGUGGAUGGUGCUCUGAGUUCUUGGUUCAGAAAACUAGUUCUGCCCCAGCAGAGGUAGCCUAGGCUAUAACUGGCCAUGGAAAGAGCUGGAGAAUAGUCUAGCCUAACCCGUACAGUGCUGGAUAUUCUGCAGUAGAGACUCUGACACACUUCUUACCACCAUGUAACCAGAGGCUGUUCACUUUAGGACUUCAUUAUUUUAUAAUUCAGAGUCACAGUGGAGCCUGACCCCUAACUCCUGAUUUGGAUGCAUCUGAUAGACUACAAGGGGUUGUCUCCAAAGUGGAAUAAAGUAAUAAUAGUAAUAAUGUAAAUAUAUGUGCCUAAGGUAUGGAGGAACCCACCAUGUCUUGUAAAUCUGCUGGGGGGAAGGGUCAGCCUCCCCUUCCAUCAAGCACAGAUUAGAUGUGUCAUUUUAAAUCUGCCAUACCCGAGGACCUUUGGCAUGAAGUUGUCUGGAUUCGCUGCUUGCUCUGACUUCUUCCUAAAUUGUUCCUGUUAUCCCACUAGUUCCCCCACAUCACCAUAUGCCUCUGUGUGUGUGUGUGUGUGUGUGUGUGAUUCUCUGCUUUGACUGAACAGACCAGCCCAGGCAUCAUGGGGCACACAGACCCCUGCUGUGUCCUUUUGCACUCAAACACCCUUUGCCCUUCACGUGUGUAGCAGCCUCUCCAGUUUUCUAACCUGUGCUGCCUUUAUCAGAUCUACUUACCCAUUGAUUAUUCCCAAGUUAAAGCCAAAAUAGAAGGUAAAUGCUUCUCUUGUGUCUCCCACUCACUCUUCUGUCUGUCCCACCACAGACAGAUUGUCUGAUUGUGAGAUUGUCCUGGAAAUGCCCUCAAAGGAGUUGAGAAGAGACUCUGGAGAGAAGGGUUAGGACUGGGUUUGAGGUUUGAGUGUGUUCCAGUUAGGAGUAGAUAGGACCACUAAAAGGCAGAUGAACAGAUGUUAAAACCACAGGGCAGCUGGGUGUGGUGGCAUACAACUUCAUCAUGUACUUGGAAGGUAGAGUCAGGAGGAUGAGCAGUUCAGGACAGCCUCAGCUAUAUAAUGAGUUUGAGGCCAGCCUGGGCUACGUGAGAUCCUGUCUAAAAAAAAAAGUGUUUUUUAGGUGUUAUUUGUUUGUUUUUCAACAAAACCAUGGGACAGCAACUACUCUUAGGCAGGAGAAAAGCUUAGGAAUGUUACGAAGUAGAAGCAUUCACUGGUAGGUAGUCAAACCCUAGUGUUAGGUCAGAUGUAAAAAUGAUGAAAGUAUACCAUUGGAGGUAAAUGAGUCAUUUGUUACACUGGUAGAAACAGGUUUGAUAAUGCAAAGGGGAGAAUUUAGUCCUCAGUUAACUUGUAAGAUGAACUAGGAGAGAAGCAAAAAAACCUGGUAUAAUGGGACAUGGCUUUGAUUCUGGCACUUUGGAGGCACUGAUAGGAAGACUGUGUCAACUUUGAGAUCAUCACAGUCUACAUAGUAAAAUCCAGGCCAGCCAAGGUUACAUAGACACUGUCUCAAAAAAAAAAAAAAAAAA